UGCCAGUAAAUCCGGCUAUAAGGAUCCUUGGACUUCUUGCUUGACCCGUCCAGUGCUCCGGUUCCUUGUCAAAACUACUCUCUUUCUCUCUCGACCUCCGAUUGCGACACCGCGAUGGUGAUCUUCACGUCGGAACUCCUCCGGCCGGUUAAGGCUUCCGACCGCCUCGACGAGGAUGCGCUGAUUCGUUACGCCAUCUCCAACGUGGAUGGCUUUCCCCAAUCUCCGGCUAGGUUUAGCGUCUCUCAGUUUGGCCACGGUCAGUCCAAUCCUACUUAUUGUUUGGAGGUUGGCUCAUUGGACGGGGCCGUCCAGCGCUACGUACUGCGGAAGAAGCCUCCUGGGAUACUCCUCGAUUCCGCCCACGCCGUCGAGAGGGAAUACCAGAUUCUGAAGGCUUUAGGAGUCAACACAGAUGUUUCAGUUCCAAAAGUCUUUUGUUUGUGCACUGAUGAAAACAUAAUUGGAACAUCUUUCUACAUUAUGGAGUAUCUGGAAGGGCGAAUUUUCUUGGAUACCAAGUUGCCUGGACUGAGUCCAGAUAGGAGGAGGCUUAUUUAUGAAGCAACUGCAAAAACUCUAGCUUCUUUGCACAAAGUUGAUGUGGAUGCUAUUGGCUUGCAAAAGUUUGGAAGGCGAGAAAACUACUGUAGGAGGCAGGUAGAAAGAUGGGCAAAGCAAUAUCUGUCUUCUACUGGUCAAGGGAAACCUGAACGGAAUCCAAAAAUGUUAGAUCUGAUCGUUUGGCUCAGAAAAAAUAUCCCAGCUGAAGAUUCUUUGGGUCCAUCAGGCACUGGGAUUGUACAUGGGGACUAUCGAAUCGAUAAUCUUGUUUUUCAUCCUAUCAAGGAUCAAGUAAUUGGCAUUCUUGACUGGGAACUAUCAACUUUAGGGAAUCAAAUGUGCGAUGUUGCACACAGUGCCAUGCAUUAUAUUCUUGAUUUUGCUGAACUUGGCGAACACAAAUCAUAUGAAGGACUGGAGACUAGCGGUAUUCCAGAAGGUAUUCCGUCCCUGGUAGAAUACCUGGCAUUAUAUUGUUCUGCAGCUGGAAGGCCUUGGCCUGUUCGUGAAUGGAAAUUCUAUAUUGCCUUUUCUUUGUUCCGUGGCGCAUCAAUUUUUGCAGGUGUAUACCAUAGGUGGAUUCAGGGUAAUGCUUCAGGUGGUGAGCGAGCUCAGAAUUCUGGAAAGCUAGUCAAUGUCUUAAUUGAUGCUGCAUUGGAAUUUAUUAAUCGAGAAUCUGUUCUUCCUGAUAUCUCUUCUUGCGGAAUUGUGAAUCCCAGCGUAGCUGUGUCAUUAGAAGAUGAGAAUCAACAUUCCAUGAUGGUGCAAGGACUACUUAUGCCCACUCAAAAGGUUUUGAACCUCAGGAAGAAGUUAUUGAAGUUUUUGCAAGAACAGAUAUACCCGAGGGAAAGUGAGUUUUACAGUAUGGCACAGUCAAGUAGCCGUUGGACGAUUCAUCCAGAAGAAGAAAAGCUAAAAUGGUUAGCCAAACAGGAAGGCCUUUGGAACUUAUGGAUUCCAGCUGACAGUGCUGCUAGAGCAAGAAAAAUACUUGAAGGAGAAGGGCACGUUUCUGGUGGAGUUUGGACUAACAACUUACUAGGUGCUGGGCUUUCCAACCUUGAGUAUGGAUAUCUGUGUGAGAUUAUGGGCCGUUCGAUUUGGGCACCACAGAUUUUCAACUGCGGUGCACCAGACACAGGAAAUAUGGAGGUUUUGUUGAGGUAUGGCAACAAGGAGCAACUAAAAGAAUGGCUGAUUCCCUUGCUAGAAGGAAACAUUCGAUCCGGAUUUGCAAUGACUGAGCCACAAGUUGCAUCUUCUGAUGCAACCAACAUUGAAUGCUCAAUAACUAGGGAAGGCGACUUCUACAUCAUAAAUGGAAAGAAGUGGUGGACAAGUGGAGCAAUGGAUCCUAGAUGCAAAGUCCUCAUAGUGAUGGGAAAAACGGAUUUUUCUGCUGCUUUGCAUAAGCAGCAAUCAAUGAUCUUAGUGGAUGUCAAUACUCCUGGGGUGUGCAUAAAAAGACCCUUGCUCGUUUUUGGUUUUGAUGAUGCACCUCAUGGCCAUGCUGAAAUAGUUUUUGAAAACGUCCGUGUACCUGUGAAGAAUAUUCUUCUGGGGGAAGGCCGGGGAUUUGAGAUUGCCCAAGGUAGACUUGGACCAGGCAGAUUACAUCAUUGCAUGAGACUUGUAGGAGCUGCAGAACGUGGUAUGCAGAUGGCAGUUGAAAGAGCACUCAAGAGGAGAGUCUUUGGAAAGUUAAUAGCUGAACAGGGAUCAUUUUUAUCAGACCUUGCCAAGUGUCGCAUUGAAUUGGAGAAAGCAAGGCUGCUUGUUCUCGGAGCUGCUGAUCAUCUUGAUCGUUUUGGGAACAAGGAAGCUCGAAAAAUAAUUGCUAUGGCCAAGGUAUCAACGCCAAAUAUGGCAUUGAAGGUGCUUGACUUUGCGAUCCAAGUUCAUGGAGCUGCUGGUGUAUCGUCAGAAACUGUUCUGGCACAUUUAUGGGCUGCUGCUCGCACUCUGCGGAUUGCUGAUGGUCCCGAUGAAGUUCAUCUAGGAACCAUAGGCAAGUUAGAGCUUAAAAGAGCCAAGCUUUAGAGUGUUCGGUACGUGUUAACUCUGGCAAAAACAAGAUCAAACAAGAAUAAAGCACACCAAACUGAUACCAGCUCAGGGAUGAUCUGGAGUCUAGAGCUUGUAUUGCUAUUUAACACUUUGCAAUUGGUAGUUGGAUAUCAGUAAUUCAAAGUGACUACUUGGAAAUAGACAUAGUUGGUUAAAUUUGUUGGUAUGUUGAUUAAUUCGAUUUUCUUUUGUUUUC